AUGCUCAACACUCACCGAGACUUGUCUAAUGGUCAAGCAUUUUUUAGUAGCACGCGUGUCGCUACCCAGCAACCUACUAUUCACAACGUCUUCGAGCCUGUUACAGGGACCUGGCAGUUUGUAGUCUCAGGCCAAUCAACCAAAGCUGCAGUUAUCAUCGAUCCAGUUCUGGAUUAUGAUCCUGCCACCCAAGCCAUUACCACAGACUCCGCCGACAAACUGUUGGCCUUAGUCAAGGGAAAAGGUUACAGAGUGGAGAGGAUUCUGGAAACACACGCACAUGCAGACCACCUGACAUCAGCCUCAUAUUUGCAAAAGAAGCUUAGUGAAAGUCAAGGUUUUAAGCCGCCCAUCGGCAUUGGCAAGCGCAUCGAGAAAGUCCAGAAGCUCUUCGGUAAACGCUACGGAAUUUCAAGAGAAGAGUAUGACACCGUCUUCGACAAUCUUUUUGAAGAUAACGAGUCAUUUACCUUUGGCAAUUUAACCGCCAAAGCUAUCCAUCUGCCCGGACACACCCCAGAUCAUCUUGGAUAUCACAUUGGAGAAAAUAUUUUCUGCGGUGACUCGCUAUUCCAUGCUGACAUCGGUACCGCACGCUGUGAUUUCCCGGGCGGUAACGCAAACGACCUCUUUCAAUCUAGUCGCAAGAUUUUGUCUCUCGGUGAUCAUGUCAAGAUCUGGCCCGGCCACGAUUACCCGCCUGGCGGGAGAGAUCCCAUUCCUUGGCUGAGUGUGGCAGACCAUAGAGAGCAAAACAAACAUGUUCGAGAUACUAUUUCGGAAGAGGAGUUCGUCGCUCUACGGACAAAGCGUGAUGCCAUGUUAAAUGCGCCGAGAUUGCUUCAUCAAUCUUUGCAAAUUAAUAUUCGAGCUGGGAGACUUCCGACGCCUUUGGAAUCGGGGCAUAGAUUGCUUCAUCUACCGUUGAAGCUGCAUGGCUUGGAUUGGUGA